AUGAUAUAAAAGAAACGCUAGCAUCAAUCUUUGUUUGGAGCAAUGAUGACGGUAUUGAUGUUUGGUUGCAUUAUAACAUAUAUCGUUAACAAAUUUGUAUAAUUAGGAAGAAGAAAAGAAUUUCAGACGCUCUAUUCAGAGGUUUAUUAUGAGGAAGUUCCUAUAUAUCCAUUAUAUUCUGAUAACUUCACUUUAUAAUUUGCCUUCCAAAAAGAAAAUUAGAAAAAUUACAUAGAUGAGUCAGUUUAUCAAGUCAAUGCCUUUAUAGUUAAUAAGGUUCAAUCAAUGUAAAAUUUAUUUUUCAAUAGCAGAGUCGAUAAUAAAACAAUUUAAAAUUUUACAAAAACGGAGAUUCCACUUACUAAAUGCGCAAGGAUUGGAAUAACUUUUGAAGAAAUAGAGGAGCAAUUGGACAAUAUUGAUUCCAAUAAUACGUAUUGCAUUGAUUGGAAUAACAUUUCGGAGUUGAGUUUGACAGGCACUCCAGAGUAAUAAAAUUACACUUAUAUGUAUAUUAAUUUCUAAUCAUGUGUGAAUGAUACAACCAAUGGUAGUUUUUAUUAUUUAAAUAGAUGGGAGUGUGAUAUGUAAGUCAAAGGAAGAAAUUUAAGAACAAUUAAGAAGGAACUAUAUAUAAUUUUAGAUUUCCUCUUAUAAUAUAGACUUGAGGAAUUAUUAAUAGCCAAAUGUUCCCAAAGUAGAAGAAAUUUAAACCACGAUUUCAAGUUAAGUAUUGAAAGAUAUUACUUUGUUUAUGCAACCUAUCACCACAUUGACAGAGGAAGGAUUAUUGGAUGAAUUGGUUAGAAAAGAUUCUACUAUAAGGUAUUAAAAAAGUCAGGAGAUAAUUGAUUUUAAUAGUGAUGAAGCUCUUGCAACGGUUUAUAUUCGGUUAUCAAAUACUGAGAACAUUAGUUAUAGAAUCUAUCCAAAAUUGUAAGACAUCUUGGCUUAAGCAGGGGGUUUAUGGGAAUUAUUGAUGCUCGCGUUUUCAAUCAUUGUAAGGCCAUUUUCUUAAAUGUCAUUCAAAAUGGAAAUCAUAAAUAGUUUAUUUAAUUUUGAAGGCCAAAAAUAAGUCGAUUAAGAAGAAAAUAAAAAUAAGGUUUUUGAGAAAUUAAAUGCUGGUUAAGAGAAUAUUUAAACCAAUGAAAAUGAUGUUUCAAUAAUGUUGAAUUAAAUGAAAUCUAAAACAAGUGCACGAUUUCCAAGAGGGAGAAUCAAAGCAAAAACACAAAAAGCAGAUGCAGUCAACUCUAUUCAAACUGAAAAAUCUUCAUAAAUUUUUGCCAACUCUCCUGAGAGUGAUAAAAUGCUGUAAAAAGGAAUUAAUUCUGCCUUUAGAAAAUUCUUUAGUAUUGCAACACUAAAAUUAAAAUUUAGCCUAUUCGAUUAUUUGAAAUAUUUGAAGUGUGGGUAAUAGUAUAUUCAUAUUAUUAAAGAAAGAAAGAAGGAAAGUACAAGCAAUUAAAUUAUUCAAUCUCAAAAUUAGAUAAGUGUCUUGAUAUACUCUUUAUUAUCGACAAGUUAUAAGAAAUAGACAAAUUAAAAAUGAUCUUACUUUCAAAGGAAUAAGUUUAGUUAUUUGAGUUUCUCCCUAAACCUUUAAUCACUCUUGAUCCUACAAAUUAAUAAUACGGUGAAAAUCAACAGUACUCUUCAUUACUAAAACCUUUCAAAGGAUUGAAAGAAAAAUCAUUAGAAGCCUAAUAAGUAUUGGAUUAGCUACUUGAGAAUUUGGAUGAUCCUAUUACUAAUAAGCUUAUUUCCUUGAUGGAUCCAAACUUGAUAAAGUUGUUAUAAAUAUAGCAUGAGUUAAAAAAAAAGUAAACUCCAUAAGUGUUAGUAAGUGAUUUUGUUGAAUAAUGA